AAUAUUCCCCGACCCUUUUCUCUAGCUGUGGACAUUGUUGAUGUCAGUGUGGUUUUGGUGGUGAAAAGAUUGUUGUUGACCCUAUGUGGGGGAAGUAUUUAUAUAAGAGAACCUUUAUAAAAAAAACAGUUAUUUAUUUUGGGCAAACAUCAAGCACUUUAAAAAGGAACAAACGGUGUGUCACUAUGGUUGUUGCUACAAGCACACUGAACAGUAAAAACGCUGAAUGCAUAUCAGAAUUGGUUGACCGUAGAUACGAACAGGCUUGUAUCGACAAUGAGCUGGAUUUCUGGGACCACUGUCUGGCUGAACCCCACCUGAAUGUGGAGGUGUCUGAGGACAGGACAUGUCAGCAGCUGGCCAAGAUGUUCGAGACCUGCCUGUCGCGGGCCAAAAAGACCACGCUGCACUGCUCAAAAGUGCUGGUCCCGGAGAAGCUCACUCGGAGGAUAGCGCGUGAUGUCCUGCGCCUGUCAUCGGGCGAGCCAUGUGGCAUGCGUGGCUGUGUGCUCUACGUGCACCUGGAACAGGAGAAGUGCUGCAAGCAGCUGGAGCGCAUUGUGUACAGUGCAGAUGUGGUGCCCACCUUUGAACUGACACUGGUGUUCAAACAGGAUGGCAGCGCUUGGCCCAGCCUCAGAGACUUCCUGCACAUUGGUGCCUGUUUCACUCCAGGCUUCAGGCAUGUGCUGAAACUCAGUCCGGGCUUCCGGCUCAUCAAAAAGAAGCUCUACUCCUCCUCGGCUGGUACCGUGGUAGAAGAGUACUGAGGCAAUGGCGGAAGGUGGGACUCUUGGGGGGGGGGGGGGGGGGUGUGUAAGGGUACAAUGCACUUCUACACUUGAGUGUGAAUGUAAAAAUCACUCCUGGAGGGUCGUUUGUUUUGUAUGACUACAGUUUGUCAAGUGAUGGCGUGCUGGUAUACGAAGGUUAUCGGAGGUGUCCAAAGGCCGGUCAACCAGCCUGUCUGUUCCAAUGUCCAGAAUGGUUCAGCUUAUUAUUCAAAAUGGACAGGCUUGGUUACUGUAAUGGAUUAUGGUCUAAUGCCUGAACAAGAUUAGCAUAACUGUCAUUGACUUCACAAUAUUUGAACAAGUUUUUCCAAUCAGUUGAAGUUAAAUGUAACAUUCUGAAUAUAUUUAUAUUGUCACAUACACCAGAUGGGUGCAGUGAAAUGUUUUAUGGGGUUAAGUGCCUUGCUCAAGGGCACAUUGACAGCUUUUAUUUUUCACCUUGUCUGCUCUGGUAUUCAAGCCAGUGACCUUUUCAGUGCUGGCUGUACGCUCUAACCGCAAGGCUACCUGCCACCCUUUAGAGUCUUUGGUAAUCAAUAAUUGUCUGACUCAUAAUUCAAAAUUAUAAAGAUUUGGCAACUCAUGUUUACUGUUGAUGUCCUGGUUUUCCACAUUUUUAGUAAGUAUGUGUUUGUUCAGUCACUAGCCACUUUGAAGUUGCAUCAGUCUGAAGUUUGUUUCCAGAUUUGUCCACUGUGUUCAGCAAAGUAAACACUCCUAGAGGAACAGGACCUGAAAAGUGGUCAGGGGCCAUAAUGUAAGUGUUCAAUGCUGAUUUGUGGGUAUGUUUGUUAGCGAGUCAUUGAAUGUUUGUCCUUGUGAACAUGCUGCUCAUCAAUGGCGCAGGCUCUAAAACCUCGAUGCCUUAAACUGCCAUUUAGAAAAUGUUAAUCAGUUCAUUUUUUUGCACUUGUUUAGAUUCAAGCUCGAAGUGAUUUCUGUAGAGCUUUCCUUUUUAAUACCAUAUUUUGUCGUUACAAUGCUGUUCUCAAUUCACUGCAGUGCUGUUUAAGCAACUGAGGAUUUUAAAUUCCUUUUGAAGGAAGUGGGAAUUGUGUAUUUUUGACAAUAAAACAUUUUAAACUGA